AUGCUGUCAACGAUUCGUCCUGCCAAAGCAGGAUUCUUUCAAAGGAGCUCGAAAAGUUCCGUUCCGCUGCUUUGUCGCUAUAGCUCUCAUCAAAAAGACCAUGGACACUCAGAGGAACACCACGAUCAUGACGACCAUCACGAGCUACCCCUCAGCGAGGAGGAGCCCAUUGUGAAUAGAUCAACACUCACCGGAGCAGCUGCUGUUGUACUUGGCUUUGGGUAUUACUAUGCCAAUGAGAACCACAAGAAGAACCACGAUGGCAAGUCGCUAGUCUCGAGAAUUCACUCACCCAACGUCUGGGGGCAGCUGGAGGAAAACUUUUUGGCUUAUCGAGCACGGGUGGAAAAACAAAGGGACAUAACUGAGCUUCUCACAAUGCCGCAGAGAAGAGAUCAUCGGGCCUCAUUCAUUGACAACGAUGGAAUCCCUGGUAGAUUUUUCAGCCAAAACGCAAAUUGCGAGUUCAACGUGAUUCAGGACUUCUCAGCGCUCCCUGAAAGAAGAAAGCCUGGCUAUGAGGGCUCGGGCCACUAG